AUGAAGCUCGUACAUUGCACGACCAGGAAGAUAUCAAAUCACAGCUUCCCUUUGCUAGUUGACUAUGCCAUCUUAUCUCAUGUUUACUCGACCCCUGGACAUGAUGAGUGGGACGCAUACGACUCGGCCAGCUUGCCCGAUAACAUAAGCCGCAAAGCAGUCAUCGACAAUGCUUGUCUUCUUGCACGCCAGAAUGGUCUGGACUACAUUUGGAUUGACUCGUUAUGUAUCGAUAAAAACUCGUUUGAUGAGGUCUCUCAUGCCAUCAACUCCCUUUCGGAAUAUUUUCAAAAUGCGCGCAUUUGCUUCGUUUACCUAUUCGAUCUGCCCUGCUGCCCGCCUUACGAAUGUGCAAAAACCUGGAAGAAAUCUCUGUUCUGGAAUCGAUCCUGGAGUCUUCAAGAACUCCUGUUCCCUAAGAGAAUCUACUUCUAUGACUGCAAUUGGCACCUUCGAGGGGACACUUCUUCGCUCGCUUUCCAAUCUUUCUUAGAGCGUGUCACAGGCAUAGAAGACAUACCCAGAGAUAUAUCACGACCUAUACAUUCUUUUUCAGUUGCACGCAAGAUGUCUUGGGCAGCAGGAAAGAAGGAUACUCGUGGCGAGGAUUCGUCAUACGCUCUUCUUGGCAUCUUUGGCGUCACCUUGCCAAUAAUUUACGGCGAGGGUAAGCAAUUGGCAUUCCGGAACCUUCAGGGGGCAAUUCUAGACAAGACAGGCGAUAUGUCGUUGUUCGCUUGGACCAGCUUUGACAGUUCAAUUCCUCGAGGCAUUUUUGCCAAUUCAGCCGAUGAGUUUGGCUGGUUUGGGAGGACGAAACUUGCCGCUGUCCCUUUCAAAAACGCCAGAACCUUCACUAUUUCUAGGAGUCGCGACGGGGUCGUAGUAGAAGGUAAUUGCAUUGUUGAAAGCGAGGACACCAUCUUUCUUGACCUUGGGAACGGAGCACGUUUGCGCAGUUACGACUACGUACUAGCACAGAGAUGCGGCAUCUUGAUCCGCCGAGGCGUAUCUGGAAUAUAUCAUCGUGUGCAGCCUAGCGCGAUACAGACAGCCUCUGCAACUGAGCAUGCGAAAGCCAUGCGAAUCACGAUUGAUGCGGGUGACUUCACUAACGGCUCUGUCAAAGCGACUCGAUUCAACCACCUACGAAACUCGAAGACUCGCACACGAUCGAUUAGCAACAAGAACACUGUACUUUCGAUAGACGGCAUUCCUAUACAGGAUGAUCCCUCAAGUACCGGGAGUCCUUUGCAGCAACGCGCCCCCGUCGACGAUUCUGAAAAGAAUUGUGCAGGUUCGAUGCGUGAAGAAAAGUCUCCGACGAUUGAACAUCAAAGAAACCAGUCCCAGGAAGCAGAUCAGACAUCAGUGAAGCAAGAACGCAUUCUUGAUGCUAUACCAACUGGUCUCGAUCCAGACACUUUCGUCGAGCCAUCGCCCGCUAGGGCUGUCACCCCAGAAUCUCUUGACGACAACACCGCUGGCAGUUCCACGAAGGCGGCUACGGCGACAUCAGCAAAGCAGUCAUUUGCUAGUUACAGAGCUCUGGCGGAUGACAACAUACUUGUCAAAAGUCUAGCUAGGAAGGCGCACAAGAGUUUCAAGACAUACCAGCACAUUGUCAGUCACGACACAGGAAGGGAGAAGCGACGAAGCAAAACAAACACACUUCCUAUUACUUCGGGUAGACGUGGGUCACGUAAAUCACAACGAAGAGACAUUCGCGCUCGAUCCACCGAAUUUGCAUGUCCCUUGUUUGUCGAUAGCCCUUGGGAGCAUCUUCAAUGUCUGCGAGUCGAUGCUUUGAUUACAAUGUCAGAUGUCAAAGAUCAUAUCUGGACGGCGCACCGGGUUCCUUACAACUGCCCAGUAUGUGCUCAUACAUUCUGCAACGCUAGUCUACGAGACAAACACAUCAUCAGCCGCGGUUGUGAGUCUUCAGGUGAAGUUAUUUUCGGGGGCGUCACAGAAGAUCAAGAUUAUCUCAUUGCACGCACUCAACAGCUUCCUGGUCGCAAAAAGCAGUGGUUUGCAGUCUGGAAGAUUCUGAAUUCUUCAACAACUCAACAGCCACCAAAGUCUCCUUUUCUGAGCGACACAUUGGGCUCUGAGGUGGCCUAUUUCAAGAACUUUUACCAGUCUUACAAGCUCAGAGGAAAGAAAACGAUCGGAGUAGGAAGUGAAAGUCUGAUCAGGCUCGAUGAAGCGGUACUUCGGGAGGUUAUCAAUAUUUUGGUGGACGAAAUGUUGAAAUCACCCGCCAGACUUAGAUUGCUCCAAUCAUAG